AGCCUGAUCAGAGACCUGUGAUAUAUUUACAGGUGACACGAUGGAGAGCUACCUACAACAGGUGGUUCAGUGUGCCAUCAGUAAGGCUCUCCUAGACAAGGUGACAUUUGUGGAGGACAUUCAGUUCAUGGCCGACAUAGACAUCACGGUGGAUAAGACUGACUCGGCCUGUUUUGUCGUAUCAGAGAGAAUCCUGAAGGAGAACACUCACAUCUAUCAGAGGCAGUUCAGUUUGCUGUUUGGAGGGGAAAAUGAAGCAGUUAAUAUAGAAAACAGGCAAAUUCCAACCACAGAGGAGCAGCUGUCACUCUCAGAUGGCACCAUUCCUUCAGAACAAGGGAAGUGUUCUGAAAUGGAUGAUACAGUUCCAUCAGACCAAGGCAUUACUCAAAGGGAGGGCUUGGAAAUGGAGAAAGAAAGAAGUGCUGAUGAACUUCUAGAGUCAGUCUUAACAGAACCUCAAAGUAUUGAAGUUGAGAGACAGGACAAACAUGGAGUGAUUGUAACAGACACUGAGACUCAGACAGAAAAUGUCACGUCAUUUCAGCGAAAACCACGAAAAUCAGCCAACCAGCAAAAGAAAUCCAAAGCAUUAACAGAUUCUCCAAAGGAAACAACACAGGUGAACCAAGAGCCUGAAGUCAUGGACAUUAAAACUGAGGUCAUUUCUGACGACGAUCACACGGAGACAGCUGGGUCGGUCACUAUAGUGUCGCCACUUCCUCCCAGUGACCUCCAAACCAACACCGCAAAUAACGUCACAUGUCCACUGUGUUCCACACAGUUCCGCAGUCAGAAGGCUGUAGAAAAUCACCUGAGGGUGACGCAUGACAUCGGCAAUAUUUACAGGUGUCAGGUGUCAUCGUGUCAGGAGUUGUGUCAGUCCAACACAGCACUUCACCAACACAUGAUGAUGUCACAUGGUGGGGCUGAAGGGGACCAGGUGCUGCCUGAAAGUCCACCAAAGAAAAAGCGUGGCCGCAAACCUAAAAAUCUUAACAAGGAGACGUCUGUUUCAUAUAAGGAGAAGGAGGACUCUUUAAAUGUUGACGAGAUUGCUGAUACUCCAGUAGAAAAACCAAAAACAAGACCAAAAACUGCCAAAAAGCAAAGGGGGAGAAAGCCAGGGAGGAAAAAAGGAGGAUUGAAACUUACUCUGAAAACCUCUGCUGCAGCUGCAGCAGUUAAAGGCAUGCAGAAGUGUGUGGAAUGUUCAAAGGAGUAUUCAUCAAAGAGAGCCCUGAACCGACACAUCAAAACUGUUCAUGAUGUGAUGAAGUAUAACUGUGACAUUUGUGAGAAGGUUUUCUCCAGUAAGGAAACAAUGUAUCACCAUCGCCGAGGCAUUCACAGUGACAGCAAACCUUACAAAUGUCAGCAGUGUGAUGCCACUUUUAGUUUCAAUCAUAGCCUGAGGCUGCACAUACUGAAGCACAGUGGAGCUCGACCAUUUAAAUGUAAAGAGUGCAAUAAAACGUAUCUCACGUCCAAUCAUCUUAAAAUGCAUGUGGAGGGGGUGCAUGGCGGGAAGAAGAAUUAUACGUGUAAAAUUUGUGGGAAGUGUUUUUCUUACACAACAAGUCUGAAAGUACACGAGAUGACUCAUGGAGAAUAUAGACCCUAUCGGUGUAACACUUGUGGACAGGGUUUUGUCAACAGUCACUCGCUGAAAUACCACAAGGAGUCCAAACACUCACAGAAUACCUGGUUUGAAUGUGACUUGUGUGGUAAGAAGUACAAGACAGAGUUUUUGAUGAAGACACAUCGUCGGCGACACACUGCGGAUGGGUCACGCUUCAUGUGCGACAUUUGUGGGAGACAGUUUAUGUAUAAAAGUACACUGGAAAUCCACGCGGCCGUCCACAGUGAUCAGAAAUCCUUCCAGUGCAGCACUUGUGGGAAAUCCUUUAAAACUUACGCAACUCUGUACUCGCAUCAGUAUGUACAUAAAUCAGAAAGUCCAUAUAAUUGUCCCGAGUGCGGAAAGUCCUUCAAAACUAAGGAGCGCUGCAAGGCUCAUCAGAAAAGACAUUCAGGACUUAAGCCAUUUGAGUGUAAAGAAUGUGGUCGAUGCUUCCCUGACAAGGGGGGAUUGUCAAAGCACACCAAGACUGUUCACUGCGAGGUUAAACUGUUUGUCUGUGACAUAUGUGGGAAAUCUUGCUCAAGGGCAGAUAAUCUGCGUGUUCAUAUGAAGAUUCACAAUAAACAGGUGGACGGAAACAUUGCUGGGAGAAAGCUCCAUCUGACGCCUAAACAAGGCAAACCCGUGACAGUGAUGGAGGCGCCAGAAGAACAGCCAGGCCAGGACUAUCUCAACAUAUCACCACACUCCUCCCCACCCCACACCAUGACUAUCCCCAGGAUCUACCCAGAUAGGCCCGACGCCCCGCCCUUUAUUCCUAAUGCCACAGAUCCCCUGCCCAUUCCCACAGGAGGCCACGGCAUUCUUCUCACCACACAGGAAUCAGAGCUGGGGGGUAUCACAAAUUCUUCCAUCCAUCCGUCUAAUCCUCUGUUGACUGUGCCGACCACUACUUCACAACCUCCACCUGGGUCCUCUUACAUGUACAUGUGGCCCUAUAUCCACACGCAACACCAACAGGAUCAGGCUGGACCUAGUAAUCAGUUCUUCUAACAUGUACACGUGACCCAAUAUCAACACACAUUUAUCAUUUCUUCUAAUAUAUACAUGUGGCCCUAUAUCCACACUCAACACUAGUUGGAUCAGGCCGGACCAAGUAUCUUUUAGGGAAAUUUAUGAAUUCUAGUAAACAACAAUACUUAUUUCAAUCUGCAUUUGUGAAAGUGAAUUAACAUUGAUCAGCAUUCAUUCUUUAUAUAAUUUACAGUACAUUACGUACUGUAAAAUCUUCAUUUUUGAUUAGAUUUAUGUGGUUGAUAAGUUUAUCAUCUAAAAAUAUUGUAGAUUCAAGGUGUUUUAGAGACAUGCACAAUAAUCAUUAACUUUUAAUUACCUUAUAUUUCAUAUGAAGUGGAUUUUAGAGUACAGACUUUUUGUUAGAGUCAUCAGUUUUAAAGUACUUGAAAAUCGGUUUAUUAAUUAGUAUACUCUUUUGACGUUGCCUGUUGGGAUAUUCUGAAGAUUUUACUAAUGAUGAUUAAUGAAUCAGUGGUAAUUUCAUGUUAAUUUCAGGAAAUGUAAACAUAAGACUGUAAUAUCGGAGUUAAGUAUUUGAAACAUUCACAAAUUAGAGAAGGACCAAAAAGUUGAAUUAUGAAAUGAUUCCCUAUUUAGAGAUUCUGUAGAUUUACUAAUGCAUGAUGAUUGAUUUCAUAUUUUAAAAUUAAAUCAUGAAUCAUGAAUUUAUUCCUACCAUAUCAUUAUUGCAUUAAACAGCUGUACAUGUAUUCUGAAAUAUGUACAUGUAUGUUUUCUCCAUGCAGACUUUUUCUAUUGCUGUUUUUGCAUAAUACAUGCAACAAUUGCAAAAUAUUUGUUUUUUUCUUUGAUGGCAUGUAGCUGUUAUUGUUGCUUUUCAUUUAUACUUUUCUGAGAGAAUGUUUCACCUGAGAAUGGUCUGAAAGGUAUUGUUUGUUAUUGGCUUCUUCUACAAGCAUAGACUUUGUGACUUUAUCCACAUUUUACUUUGUAUGUUGUCUUUUUAGUGAAAUAUUUUCAAAAUAUAAUACAUUUACAUGUACCUAUUGUAAUAUGAAUAUUGUUAAACUCUUUAGUGCUUGAUAAAUGUUAUUUUGAAUUAUUAUACAAUGAAUAAAUCUGA